AUGAGAUUCGCAAAGGGCCGAGAAGAAGAAGAAGAAGAAGAAGAAGAAGAUGUCGCCAGUAUGCAAAACGUUCCGCGGCUAAGAAGGGAGGAGGAGGAGGAGGAGGAGGAGGAGGAGGAGGAGGAGGAGGAGGAGGAGGAGGAGGAGGAGAAGGGGGUAGCUAGAUAUGGAUGUCACCUCUUGGGCAACAUGAACGGACCUCCAGGGCUGAAGAUCUCAACGAGAUGCACUGGGCAGCACACGGUCUCCAGUAUUCAUUAG